GCUAUACUGUUGAAAAGUAAAAGACACUAUCUACGCACUCACUCCACACCACCCACCCCAUAACCCAACCCCAACGCUAACCCCAACCCCCUUCUCUCACGCUCCCUACGAGGGUCUUCUUCAUGCCCCAAGAAGAUUGGUGCAGUUUCAUCCUGCAAUUGCCGAAACUGGUUGAUUCUGAGUGAGGUCCUGUGUAAUGAACGUCUUGUUUAAUGCAUGUUCUACUGUAAUAUUAACAAGGACUGGCAGUCGUGCUGUGAAGAGUUCUAUUGGUGCAAUUUCAGCUCUUUCAUGGAAGACAGGUGUUGGACAUAAUGCAGCUAGAAAAGUUGAUUUCGACUUGCUUUUGAAGAGAAUUUGCUUUCGUUGCUAUUCAUCUAAAAAGUCUAGUGGGGAUAGUUCCAGCUCAGAGAAGUCUGAUCCUACUCCAAAAAUGAAGGAAGAUAGAGAUGGUUUCUUUGUUGUUAGGAAAGGAGAUCUGGUUGGAGUCUACAAAAACUUGAGUGAUUGCCAGACUCAAGUCGGAUCCUCGAUAUGUGAUCCCCCUGUGAGUGUCUAUAAAGGCUAUGCCAUGCCUAAGGACACAGAGGAAUAUCUGCUCUCUUGUGGGCUUAAAAAUGCUCUUUAUUCUAUCAGAGCUGCUGAUCUGACUGAAGAUCUCUUUGGAACUCUAGUACCAUGCCCUUUUCAUCAACCUUCUUCUUCCAAAGGUGGGAUGCCUGAACACAUGCCAAAGAAGAGGUCACAGGAAGUAAUGUGGUCAGAAUAUUCGGAUGCUGUUGGAUCAGCAGUUAUUUCAAAUGAUUUCCUAAGAAAGCAUGUGAAGUUAGAUGAUCAUAAGGGUGACCAAGCUCUGCCAUCGGGUCGGUUGUGUACUCUUGAAUUUGAUGGUGCUUCAAAAGGAAAUCCUGGACUAGCUGGUGCAGGAGCGGUGCUACGAGCUGAUGAUGGCAGUUUUAUCUGUAGGCUGCGUGAAGGUUUAGGAGUAGCAACAAACAAUGCUGCUGAAUAUCGAGGCAUUAUUUUGGGGUUGAAAUAUGCACUUAGCAAAGGGUUUACAAGUAUUCGUGUUCAGGGUGACUCCAAACUUGUUUGUAUGCAGGUUAGUUUUUCAGAUAUAUUUAUUAUCAUGUUUCUCCUUUUAUAUGCUUGAUCUGACACUUGUCCUUUGUCAUGC